AUGACCCCCCUCAUCCCCCUCGUCCUCGUAAUCCUCACCUCCUACCUUAUAUACCACCAUGUCAUAAACCCUUACUUUCUCUCCCCGCUAUCUGCAAUCCCCAAUGCACACCUCACAUCCCCACUCUCCAGCUACUGGAUUGACCGCAAGCGUAGCACAGGCACGGAAGUCCUCGCUAUCUACGACCUACACCAAAAAUACGGGCCCAUCGUCCGUCUCGGACCUAAGGAGCUGAGUGUCAAUUCUAUCCAUGGCCUGAGAACAAUAUAUACGGGCGCUUUUGAGAAACACUCUUUUUACAAUGAUUUAUUUGUCAACUUCAACAUCGAAAACUUGGUCGGCAUGUUGCACAAUGCGCCGCACGCGCAUCAGAAACGCAUGCUGAGCAAGACCUACUCCAAGUCGUUUCUUCAGGAGUCUGGUGAUCUACGCGCGAUUUCAAAAGUUGUGAUAUGGGAUCGGCUGAUGCCUAUUAUCAAGAAGGCGGGUGAGAGCGGAGAGGUGUUGAAUGUACUACCGCUGUUCCAAGCUGUUGGGAUGGACUUCACUUCGUCUUUCCUGUUUGGGUUAAGACAAGGGACGAGGUAUGUCCUUAAUAUUCCGGACUGGAAGGUGUGGUUGGAGGAGUAUGAGCGGUUCAAGUACAUGAGUCGAGACGACCGGUAUAUGGGAUUUAUUGAAAGUUGGUGCUUGGGGUUGUGCGAGCGGACGGAAGCAUCUGAGAAGGAGGUUAUCCUCAGGGACGAGGAGAAAUUUCCAUCCUCGAAUCCAGUCAUCUACAACCAGCUGCGCCAGAGUCUCCUCACCCAGAAAGAACACGAUCCACGUCCACUGAACCUAGCAAUUGCGUCCGAACUGUUGGACCACCUAGUUGCAGGCCACGAAACGUCGGGUAUCACCUUCACCUAUAUGAUGUGGGAGCUGUCGCGGCAGCCACAGCUUCAAGCCGAGCUUCGAAAAGAACUACUCACUUUAUCUCCAUCCCUCCGAUACUCAGGCACAGAUGGAGAGAACCCCCUUGCCUCCCCCUCCGCGGUCGAUGCGCUCCCCUUGCUGGACGCUAUGGUCCGUGAGACCCUCCGUCUCCACUCCCCAGCCCCAGCCCAACUCCCGCGUGUCACCCCCACCACAGAAAAGGGAACUUCCCUGCAUGGGUAUGACAACAUCCCGGGUGGUGUAAGGGUCAGUUCAACCGCCUACUCCCUCCACCGUAUCAGCGAGGUGUACCCACGUCCGUUGGAAUGGCUUCCACAGCGAUGGCUCGAGGCAGGUGAUAAGAUUCACGACAUGAGGAGGUUGUUCUGGCCGUUCGGGAGUGGUGGACGUAUGUGUCUAGGGAGUAAUUUCGCAUUGCAAGAAAUCAAAUUGGUCAUGGCGGUUGUGUAUUCGAAUUACACGACCUCCAUUGUAGACGACGAUGGCAUCGAGCAGGACUAUGCAUUUAUUGCGCUACCACACAGGAUUAUUCUCACAGCCUUCCUAGUCCUCUUGGGCAUCACAGCUCUAGUUAUCCAUGGCAGUAAUGCCAAGCAAUUCGAGCACUGGUAUCCAUUCUACCGAUUCACUUUAACAGGAGAGGGGGAAGCCCCCGCCUGCCUUAAAAACUACACGCGCGAAGUCGAGAAAUUUGGUCCACAACACUCGAUGACAUGCAAAACGCUGGUUACCUGUAUUUAUAGCAAUACGAAAGAAAUCGACAAGGCGGAUAUGUCAUCUGCGCUGGUUCUGCUGGGCCUAGCGCCAACAGUCUUAGGACAAAUAGGCCCGACCAUCCACAACAAGGCGCAACUUUGUUUUCAUUAUCCGAUUCUUGGAUUACUGUGUGUCCUAGGUGCACCCGCGAUGGCGUUCGGGAUGCCGUGGGCCAAAACAGAUCCUAGAGAGCCCCCUCAAGGGAGCGCCUUCGCUUCUGGGGAGAAGUGGAUUACCCCUUACAAAACAACCUGGGUGCCCUUACCCGCCGUCAGCUCCGUCCGCAGCGCUCUCAAUAUCCCAGCCUCACGAAAAUUCGCCGACGGAUCCCCUUACCACACCCUCCCCAUUAUCUCCGACCCCGCCACCGGUCGCAUAGUAGGCGAUUCCUUUGAAAUCGCGACAUAUCUUCAAGAACAAUACCCGUCCUCAGGAGCAGGCGACUUAUUCCCUGCGCAGGAGCUGGAGUUCGUUUUUGGGCGGGACUUGGCACUUUUCGCGCCGAUCGCGGAGGCAGAAGUGGCAGAGGGCCCUACUACGGCAUACGUGAAGUUCAAUACGAAUGUCGAUGCUGUGUUUAGUGCGCAUGCCCGCCUGAUGGCGCAUGGUAUGCCUUUUGAUCCUGCUACUGCGGAGGAGUGUAAGGAGAUGUUCUCGCGGAGGGUGGGAGUGCCGUGGGACGCUUUGGCGAUUAGUGGGGAGGAAAGGGAGGAAUUAUUGAGAUCGUUUGAGGAGACUCUAGCUGGACUUGCGAAGUUAUAUAUCAGCGAUGCGAGUGGACCUUUCAUAAUGGGGAGUCGGGCAAGUUAUGCGGAUUUCAUUGUUGGGGGUUGGUUGCGCAUGAGUCUGGGGAUGCUGCCGAAGGAAGAGUGGGAAGCGAUAAAGGGGUGGCAUAGUGGUGUGUUCGGAAGGUUACAUGAGGCGCUGGAGGCUUUUGCGCAGAUGGACUAG